CAAUCUCUUCAUUUUCUCUCUUAUUUAUGUUCAAUUUCAAUUUUAAUUUUGCUUUCAAUUAUGCUUUUUUUUGGUCAAUUUUUUUGCGGCAUUGAAUCAAUGGCUUGAAAUUCUACUGUAAUUAUGAAAUUUCGGCUAUUAUUAUCUGAAUUUUGGCUUAUUUCUAUAGCCAUAUUGAAGUCUUAUACUGCCACCUUGUUGCAUUUAGGGCUUGGCCUAAUGCUUUGCACCUCUGAGUGCACUUAGCAAGGCUAUUUACUUGGUGAAUGCUCAGAUAACUGUUUAGUGGUUGGUAACAAUUUACGACAGAUAAUUAAUAAUAUAACUCUGCGGAGCUUUGAACAGAGCUAUAGUUUUUUUUUUUUUUUAAUUUGGGAAUAACACGUUCAUAUUAAGCUCUGUAUUCAAUUAAUUGAGGGAGAAGUUUUUGUGCCGUGAUUUGUACAAAAUUUAGUCACCCACGUACUAGAUUUUCACCGCGGGAUUAUAAGAGUUUCAGAGCGCAUCAUGAAGCUCUCCAUUGAUCCUACAACACUGGAUGAGAAGGAAUGGCUAGUCAGAUGUCAGCAACCAAUGAUCGGUCGAGGACUUACUGGACACCGACAAUGGAGCGGUAUUUUGUUGAUCUUAUGUUAGAGCAGAUGCACAGAGGAAACAGAAUAGGCCAUACAUUCAAUAAGCAGGCAUGGACUGACAUGCUUACCAUGUUCAAUGCAAAAUUUGGAUCUCAGUAUGACAAAGAUGUCUUAAAAAGUCGGUAUACAAAUUUGUGGAAGCAAUUCAAUGAUGUAAAAAAUCUUCUUGAUCAGGCUGGAUUUUCUUGGGAUGAAAAUCGGCAAAUGGUGGUUGCCGAUGAUUGUAUCUGGAAUGCGUAUAUUAAGGUUCACCCAGAUGCACGAUCCUACAAGACUAAAGCAUUGCUCAAUUUUACUGAUUUGUGCUUGAUAUAUGGGUAUACAACUGCUGAUGGAAGAUACAGCCUAUCAAGUCAUGAUCUAGACUUCGAUGAUGAAGUCCAAGGAAUAAAUAUGGGUGAUGGAAUGAGCAGCCUUGGCCCAAUAAGUAACGAGCGUUCAAGGACAGAGUGGACAGUAGCUAUGGACCAAUAUUUCAUUGAGCUUCUGUUGGACCAAGUUGGAAAAGGCAAUAAGACUGAUAAUACAUUCAGCAAACAAGCCUGGACAGAUAUGCUUGUUUUGUUCAAUGCAAAAUUUGGUGCACAACAUGGGAAAAGAGUUUUAAGACAUCGAUACAAGAAAUUGUGGAAGUAUUUUAGUGAUGUGAAGGUUCUUCUGAAACAGGAUGGCUUUUCUUGGGAUGAAACACAACAAAUGCUUGCAGCCAACGAUUCUGUUUGGGAUGCUUAUAUCAAGGCACAUCCGCAUGCGAGGGCGUACAGGAUGAAAACCUUGCCAAACUACAUUGAUUUGGCUCUUAUAUACGGGGACACGGUUGACAAUGAAAUUAGCAGUCAUUUGCAUCAGGACAAUGAGCUGGAGAUUUGCAAUGUGGGAAUAAAGGCUGUGUCUGUAGGUGAAGGAAAAGGGAGCCAAACCCCUAAUGUUAAUGAUCGAACAAGAACAUACUGGACACCGCCCAUGGAUCGUUAUCUCAUUGACUUAUUACUAGAACAGGUGGACAGAGGAAACAAGCUUGGCCAGACUUUCAUAAGUCAGGCUUGGAAUGACAUGAUUACAGCCUUCAAUGAGAAAUUCCGUUCUCAUCACGACAAAGAUGUCUUGAAGAAUCGAUACAAACAUUUGAGGAGGCUGUACAAUGAAAUAAAGAAUCUUCUUCAGCACAGUGGGUUCUCAUGGGAUGAGACACGAGAUAUGGUAACUGCUGAAGAUCAUAUUUGGGAUGCUUAUAUUAAGGAACAUCCCGAUGCUCGAUCAUAUAGAGUAAAAACAGUGCCAAGUUAUCUUAAACUUUGUGUUAUAUUUGGAGAAGAAAUCUAUGAUGGUAGAUACAAUCGUUUGGCUCAAACUAUUGACUCCAACUGCGAAAUUCCUGUUCUGAUGACUGUUUUUGAAAAAAAUGACGAUCUCAUUACAAGUAUCAACCCUUUUGAAACUGGAUGGACACCACCAAUGGAACAAUAUUUUAUUGACCUUUUGUUGGAGCAGUGGAAUGAAGGCAAUAAGAUUAAUCACAGUUUUAAUGAGCAAUCAUGGGAUCACAUAGUUGAAGCAUUCAAUACAAAAUUUGGACUUCACUUUGACAAAUACAUUCUGGAAAAUCAGUGCUUCUGCCUGAUGAAACAGCAUGAAGACAUCUGCAACCUUCUCCAGCAUAGUGGGUUUUCCUGGGAUGAAACUCAACAAAUGGUAAUCGGUGAUGACAUUGUCUGGGAAACUUAUAUCAAGGAAUAUCCAAAUGCAAUCUCCUACAGAAACAAGUUCUUGGGCAAUUUUGGGGAUUUAUGCAAGAUUUAUGGGAAUGAAGUGUUUAAUGGAGGACAAGAAGUGCAGGAUAUGGGAGUUGAGCCUCAUAAUGAAACACUUGAGUUAGAGAUACAAGGAAUCUCUGGAGAAUUACAAAAUUGGGUUGAAGAUGAUCUAAUACUUGAUCAACAUAGAAAGCGGCCAUUGUCAACACUGUCAGUCCCUGGACGGUCAAACAAAGUGCAGAAAACCGGCAAGGAGAUGCAGAAUGGUGUUUCUGAGAUGGGUGAUGUAGCCACAUCAUUAAUUAGCAAGAAAGAGAAUAAGAAUCACAUAGCAAUAGAAACUGCUAUCAGCGCACUUCAAGCUAUACCGGAUAUAGAUGAUGAGCUAUUGCUGGAUGCUUGUGAUCUCUUAGAAGAUGAAAGAAAAGCGAAGAUGUUCUUGGCGUUGGAUUUUACGCUGCGAAAAAAGUGGUUACUAAGAAAGCUUCGCCCGUAGUUGCAGCUUUCAGGUUUUGUGUAACAAUGUUUUAUCUUGUCAUAAUUCUUAAGUUCAAAAGAGGGUUUAAGGAAUAGACCUAGAUUUAGAUGUAUGUUUGAGCAGAUUUAGAGAUUUAAGCAGUGUAAACAAGUUUUGUAGCUCGUACCAGUGGAGUGGAGUGGAGUAUAAUUAAUCAUAUUUUGUAAUUUUAUUUGGUUGUAAGAUUAAUCACUUAUAUUAUCUUUAAAAUAUUAAGAAUUUGAAAAUAUUGCAUUGCAAUCA